CCAGAUCCUUUAAAAUAAUAGGGAAAAGGAGGACACUUUGGUUUAGAAUAGAGAGAUGUAGCUAGCAAACUGGUCCAGAUUUCAAACAUUUUAUUAGCUUUAGCUUCGUUUAGAAAGCAAUGUUGGUGAAGCAGAGAUUGUAUUUUCCUGUACUAGUCAUCAUUUAUCUCCAACUUUUGUCAUCCAGAUUUGCCUCAUCCCAGAUUUCGUGGUACCUAAAUGCCAGUCGUUUGAAUUCUACAGCAGGACUUCCCACUUCCUGGAUCAACAAGCCGUUUUCGUUGGCUGAUUCCACCUUCGGCUUAUCUGUCUUGACACCCAUCCUUGUGAGUGGAACUGAUGGCACUAAGUGCCACCUCUUUGCCUUCCACUGCAAUGUCGAAAGCACCGAAUGCUUUCUUGGUAUCCUUUUUGCAUUCAAGAACAUCCCUGCUAGCGAAGACAAAUAUUAUAUGGAUUCCCGGUUAGUUUGGUCUGCUAACCGAAACCAUCCUGUCAAACCCAAUGCAACCUUACAACUAGGCCAAGAUGGUAACUUGGUCUUGGCAGACUCUGAUGGCGCUCUUGUUUGGUCUACAAAUACAAAUGGGAAAUCGGUUUCAGGCUUAAACUUGACAGAAACGGGGAAUCUCGUGCUCUUUGAUAAUACCAAUCGCACAAUUUGGCAAUCUUUUGAGCAUCCUACGGAUUCUAUGCUCCCGGGGCAGAGUCUGGUUUCUGGGCAGAAGCUCAUAGCAAGCAUUUCAGCAACCAAUCAGAGUCAAGGUUUGCUAUCGUCAACUAUCCUCAAUGGAAGCCUUGUCACUUAUGUAGAUUCUGACCCACCUCAGUUUUACUAUGCUUCACCUCUUCCGGAUAUUUCUUAUUUCAAUUUUGAUGGUCAAACCCUUACUGCUCUGCAAUACCCUCCUACAUCACCAGCUCAGUUCAUAAAGCUUGGGCCUGAUGGACAUUUACGGGUUUACCAAUGGGAGAUGAAAGUAUUUGAUUGGAAAGACGUAUAUGAUCUUUUGACGCCAUAUGCAGGGAACUGUGGGUACCCAAUGGUGUGUGGAAAAUAUAGCAUUUGCACAAAUAACGGGCAAUGUACUUGUCCGCCAGAAAGAAAUUUCUUCAGGCCAUUUUUUGAGAGGAAACAAGAUCUUGGAUGUUCACAGCUGACAUCCAUUUACUGCAACUCCUCGCAGUAUCAUAGUUUCGUAGAGCUCAGGAAUACCACAUAUUUUGCAUUUGAGUUCAAUCAUGAACUAACUUCUAGCAUAUCACCGCUUAAGGGGAAAAAGUUGGAAGAUUGCAAAAGGGCCUGCCUUAGCAUCUGUUCCUGCAAAGCUGCUGUUUUCAAAUAUGAUUCAGAUGGGGCUCAACGAGGGAGCUGUUUGUUACUGAAUGAAGUCUUAUCUCUCAUAGACAACGAGGGUGAACUGGACACGAGAGUAUUUCUUAAGGUGCAGAAUUCCUCAAAGUCACAGGAUUCCUCUAAGGCACAGAAUCAGCCUCCAAUUAUUUCUGGAGGAAAAAAACCAAUACCCCUCCGAGUGAUAAUAGGAUCUACUCUUGCAGCUUUCUUUGGGAUAAUUUUAAGUAUCAGUACAUGCUUUGUUCUUUUCAGAAAGAGGACACAUGAGUCCAGCAAGGCUGGGGAUCUUCUGGAUCUAGAGCCAAUCUUACCGGGAAUACUAGCUCGGUUCCCUUACAAUGAGUUGAAAAUAAUAACAGAAGAUUUCAGUUCAAAGCUAGGGGAAGGAGGAUUUGGCUCUGUGUAUGAAGGAACACUGAGUAAUGGCACCAAAAUAGCUGUGAAGCAUCUGGAUGGUGUAGGUCAUGUGAUGGAAUCAUUCUUAACAGAAGUAAAAAUAGUCGGUGGAAUUCACCACAUCAAUUUGGUGAAACUCAUUGGAUUUUGUGCUGAAAAGAGCCACAGGCUUCUGAUCUAUGAGCACAUGGUAAAUGGAUCACUAGAUAGAUGGAUUUCUCAUAAAAAUCCAGAAAAUGGGCUUUCAUGGCGUACAAGGAGAAGGAUAAUAUCAGAUAUUGCCAAAGGAUUAGCUUAUUUACAUGAAGAUUGCAGCCAGAAGAUAAUUCAUUUGGACAUCAAACCACAAAACAUCCUUCUAGAUCAAAAUUUCAAUGCUAAGAUCUCUGAUUUUGGGUUGUCGAAACUGAUUGAGAAAGACAAAAGCAAUGUUGUAACUAGAAUGAGAGGAACACCAGGGUAUUUAGCCCCUGAAUGGCUGAGGUCAGUAAUCACUGAGAAAGUAGACGUGUAUGCCUUUGGUAUUGUGCUCUUGGAAGUUCUCUGUGGACGAAAGAAUUUAGAUUUGUCCCAGGCUGAUGAUGAUGUCCAUUUGCUAAGUGUUUUUGAAAGAAAAGCUGAAGAAGAACUGCUCAUGGACAUGGUUGACAAAACCAAUGAGGAUAUGCAGCGCCAUAAAGAAGAAGUGACAGAAAUGAUGAGCAUUGCUGCGUGGUGUCUACAGGGAGAUUACACCAAGAGGCCUUCCAUGACAUUGGUGGUUAAGGCGCUGGAAGGUUUGGUGUCUGUUGAAACCAACUUGGAUUACAAUUUCACAAACGUACCUCAGGUUGGGGCAGGCAAACAACAGAGGGAAGCCACUAUCAGUUCAAUAUUGCCUUCAAUUUUAUCCGGACCAAGGUGAACAAUAAGCUUAAGAGGUUUUGAGUUUUAUUUUCUUUCUAUCCUUUAUUUUUUGAAGAAUAGAAGAAUGCUUGUAUCUACCCUUAUAUUUGCAUUCUUCAUCAUUAGAUCCAUCUCUCUCUUGUACAUACUGUUUCCAUAAAUUUCUUCCCUCAGCUUUGGCUUUGUUAGCAUCUAAAUUUGGCUAUUGGGUAAAUUGGAAGAUGGCACAAUAUAAAAGGAUAACUAAAGUAGCUUACCAAUUAACAUAUCCAUGGCCGAGCUGGAUACAGUUUUCUUUUCUGAUUUGCAUCUUUGUGUAUGAAUACAUCUUCAUAGGCAGCACAUUGUAUA